AUGGAAGAUGACUCUAUGUUUGUGGAAACAGUAUCAGAUUUUCCUGAAUACAGGAGCUCCAGCGCCGAUAAGGGAGAGGACUGCAAGUCCCCUAAAUCAGAGCCAUCGUCUCAACCUGAAGGCAUGGAGUCUGAAGCCUCGGGGCAACCUCAACCUGAGGAGCCUUCUGAAACUGUUGAACGGCCUGAAGCCCACGUCAGAGAGUCUGUGGAAACAGAGAUGCAGAUCGACUCUGACGAGUCCGUCCACGAACCUGUUACUGAAAACGCUACAGAAUCAAACUCGAACUCGCCACAACCAGAAUCAACUCCUUCACUCCCCUCAACUCCAGAGGAUAUAAUCAAAAGUCUAGAACUCCUAGAACUCCAAGAAAAAUCAGAAGGAGAAAAGCUCACACCGCUCCUCACAACCUCCAAAACCAAAGUCCAAGCCACAGAGUCCGCCAUAGCAGCUACGCAAGGCCCCAACAGAAAACACCAAGCCCUAUGCGAAAACCUCAAGAUCUUCCGGGCAAGAGAGGCAGAAAUCAUCGAGAGCCUGGCAUUUGUGAAGCAAACCCUUGAACAACAAAACGUAGACCCAGAGUCUGAUGAGUACAGACGAAUUCUGCUCAAUCACACCUCGAGGCUGCAGCACUGCGAGACUACGAUACGUAAUGUGCAGAAGGAAAUCGAGGAGGAAUUUCAAAAGGCGACGCAUAGGGAGAUUGAGAUUAGGGGGCAGCUUGAGAAGGAGUAUGCUGAGUUUCAGGAACUGCAGGAGAAGGAGAGGGGAAUAUGUCGCAAUGUGCAGUAUUACAGCUUUAUAGCCUCGCUGUUGAGGCUGGGUCCUCUGGGACUGGAUAGCUUGUUGUUUAAGCUGCGGUACAGUGGUGUUGAUGUGGUUGGUGAAGUCAACAAGAACUCUUCGAAUGCCGUGCAGGAUCACGUUAUGACCUAA